AUGCCAGACCUUUCGCAGCAGCAGCCUCCUCCGCCUGCCUACACUCCUCCAGCGCUUGCUCACGGCGGUGACUGGGCACGACUCCUUCCAGGAUCUAUCGACCAGGUACAAGUGGAACGUGUCCGUCGCUUCCUCCUCUUCUGUCUCGCAGUCGACUACAACCUCGUCACAGCAUCGAAAGGCUGGCUGAAUGGAGAAGAAUGGUCAUACUUCAUGCGUCUCGCUCGCCUAGCAAUGAAAGAAGGUAUUGCGGCUCGCAAGAACGGUGGAAUAGUGGAGGAGGAUCUGAAGGCGGAUAAUGAGAGUCAGACUAUGCAGAGGGAGUUUCAUAUGCCUGUCUGGGUGCUCGGCGUGCCGCUUAGUAUUGGGAGGUCGUUGCUUAUACUUUUCCCGAGGAGAGUGAGGGCUAAUGGGGAACAUGGGUCUGUGCUGAAACGAAACAAUGCCCACACUAUGCCCGAACUCGCUACGAGGCUUUUGACGGAUCGAGAGAUCUUGUUUGAUGCGUUGAUGGAUGGUGUCAACAAUGCUCGACUCCGCAAGGAUCUUGAAGAAGCGAAUAAGAAGCUCGAGAAGCAGUUCUUCACCAAGCUGGACUCGCCGGACGACUACACGUUGACGCAACAUGGCGAGACACUGGAUGGGUACUUCAGAUUUGAUCCUUCGGAACGACAGAUGGCUGUGAUAUAUGGCGAGACCGGAGUCAAGAACAAGUUGACUGGAUUCAUCGGGCAGCGGAAGCAGGCCGGGAAGUGA